AUGUCUCAAGCUCGAGGCUCACUACCAAGACUUUUGCCCAGACCACCGGGUGAAGAAGAGCGACGACCAGAGGCACCGCCACCCCGCAGACGCCGGCUAGUAAGCAAUGCUUGCAACAGCUGUAGGACACGAAAAACCAAGUGUGAUAGCGCCCGGCCACAGUGCCGCCAAUGUGCCAGAAGAAACUGGUCCUGUGUUUACACUGCUCCGCCUGGUGUCACAUCUCAGCAGCUCAAAAGGGAACGCACAGAAAACUAUGCGAGCGUGGUUGACCUGAUACGCCGCGGAGACAGCGUGCACGCUGAACAAAUUGCGCAGAGAAUUAGAGAAGCUGAAAGCGUUGACACUGCCGUUGGUGAUAUAGCCGGUGCAAGCCUCUUGCUGCAAUCCUCUUCUCGAGCGUUUGCAGCCACUGGGCCGCCUUUGGGACAAUAUCCUGCUUCUGCUUCCCGUCCACUGUUGACGUCCCCAUACGAAGACUGGGACUUUAUAUUUGAGAAACGCUACGACACUGAUGCUUACUACCGACGGGUAGAUCCAAGCCUCUUUGUGGAUGUAUCAGGUCAUGAUUUGCCAUUGUCCAACUGGACCAGGGUAUCUACUGAUGAUCGCCGCAUGAAUCAUUUGCUCAACUUGUUCUUCACCUGGGACAAUAUUGUGGAGCGUAUCAUCUAUCGACCAAUCUUCGAAGAGGAUGUUAGAAGGAUCAGAAGAGGGAAUCAAGGUGACUAUGACGACAAUACCGACAGCGACUUUUGCUCUCCAUUUCUGGUCAGUUGCCUACUAGCCUUGAGCUGCCUCUACUCGAUGGACCCAGCAACAUACAAAGACCCUGCGGAUCCCAAAACAAGGGGGAGGCUGUGGGCGGAGGAAGCUGAGCUUCACCUGCAAAAUUGCCCCCGGCCAUCCAUUGCUCUUAUGCAAGGCCUAUACUCUUUGCUCAUCUAUGAGGCUAGUCUUGGUACUGGCGCAAGAACGCUGCAAGACUUGGCGCGAUGCAUGGAUGUCUAUAGAAUUCUCAACGAUAGGAACAUGGACGAGCUUACUGACCAGACGGUGCCCGAGCCUCGACGGAGGCUGGAGCGAGAAGCUACUUCUUGGUGUAUGUGGGGAAUGUAUUGCACUGAAUGGCGAUCUACUGAGGCGCUUGGUAUUCGAAAGUUGACCCGCCCGCCAAAGAUUGAGAAAGUGUGGCGUGAGAGCAGUUUCACACUUCGACAGACUGAUUCCGCAGGAUACUGUUGGUAUCCUUACCCGCUGAGCCUUCAGAUGCAGCCAUCAAUGCAGGUGGCUAUCAGGGAGGCAGAUGCUGCGCUUUCGGAGAUUGUCGAAUUGAUACUAAACUAUCUACAUCCCGACCAGAACGGCACCGACGCUGUAUCCAAGCCGGGCUAUGCAUUGAAGCUCUACGACGCUUUGCUCAAUUGGAAAUACGGGCUUCCCGAUGAAUUGCGAUUUGAGCAGUCUGUGCUGCCGUCCGUCAUUGCUUUGCACAUCCACCUGGAGACGGUGAGCAUGACUCUCCUACGUCCUUUUACUCACAUGACAAAACAAGAAUUUGGCCGAUUCGGCCCUCGGGAGCGAUGUGCCGCACAUGCCGGCCAUCUGGUGUCGACGGUCUGGUCAUUUCGCGCCCAUGGCCAAGUCCGCUACGAGUACUACCUCACUUACGCUCUGGGAGCUGCUGCCUACGUCCUGCUGCAAGAGCCAGACGCGCCUGUGCAAAUGGACUCGCUGGUCCGUGCUUGUCAGUGCCUCUUUGAGAUGCAUCCGACGUUACCGCCGGCGGCCGAUACUCUGAGCGGUAUCCGUGCUGCGUUUAGGCUGUAUAGGCUGGCGGUGCCAAUGUACAUGGUGAAGUAUUUUCAUCGGGUGCGUCAUAACGAAGCUGGCGUGUUGCAUCGUACUGUAGCUGUGACAGGCUUGCUACCCGUUGCUGGCGGCAAUGACAGCGAGGCUAAGCGAGCAGAUUUACAGCUUGAGGAUCUUUUGAGGGACUUUGGCGAUGUUGAUAUUCACUAA